CAGCUUCUUCAUGUAUAUUAUCUAGCUAUGGCCCUCAAAUUGCUUUCAUCUUUGAAUGUUUCAUUAACUCUAUGCAGUGUCUCAAUAAAAUUCUUUAUUUUCUUGCUUUUAAUUUUCAAGUGAGGGUCGCUCAUACACAUAUCUUAGGAUAAACAAAAUAGUAGCAGAUGCUUCACAUUUAGGAAUGCAUAAUAUCUUCGACUACUUGAAUAAGUAAACUUUAUAACAAUUUUUUUAAUUUUGAGUGCCCUGCUAAAGAGAAUUUAGAAACGUCUAUUAUACUAAUCAAUUUCAAGGACAGUUGGAUACUAUCCGUUUUCACUCCUCAGAACGACUGAUAAUUCAAUAAGCAGAAAUGACACUGUGUACAUUUUUUGGCUGUUUGUUAACUGCUUAUAGUCCUUUGCUGUCUAUAUUCUUUCUAUAUAUCGCUCCUAAUGCGCAAUAUGUUUUGUUGAUGGUGGCAAGUGCAUUCUUUUGCUUGCUAGCACUGUUACUAUCAAGCGUUAUAUGGUAUUUUGCAAAAGCAACCCAAUCCAAUCAUUACAUAAGCAUAGCUUACAGUGUAGCUAUAAAAGAAGUAUGUCGGUGGGGCUUUUAUCUUUUACUUUCUCGAGCUGAAUCAGGGCUCAACAACAUCUCAACCAACCCUAAAUCACCCUUCAACAAAACAUCUUUUGCUUUUGUGUCUGGAUACGGAUAUGCACUUAUGAGUGCGCUCGUUAGUUACAUUUCACUCUUAGUCGAAUCAUUGGGGCCUGGGGUCUUGAUGUGUACGUCUUGCCCUAAAGCUACACUAUUUUUCAUAUCAGCCAUCACGACAUCAUUGUUCUCUUUGUUACACUUGUGCUGGAUGGUAAUUGCGUUUGAAGGAUUUUAUGAAUUGCCCAAAGUGAAAGGUUGGAGUAAAGUUGUCUGGGUUGUAUUGUCCCAUUACGGAGCCUCUUAUGCAACAACCUUGAACUCAUCAACUACUGUUAAGUAUGGUUGCGUUUAUUCUAUUGCCAUAUGCAUCGGUAUAAUCAUGACAUCAAUAGGUUUCAUUAUGAAGUCUUUCAAAACAGUGCUUACUUUAGCAUCGAACCGGCAACAGCGAGCCACUGUUUCUAUGACAACAUAAUUGUGUUUAUAAAUGUAUAUCCUUCCUCGCCACUUUAAUAUACCCUGCUUGUAGACCAAUAUUACACAAUUAUGUAUUGAAAAUUUUUAUUGCUGUCGAAUACUACUAUACUACUGUGGUAUCUACUACUGCAAAUGAUGUAAUCGAGAAUGUUUUUUGCACACAUACAUACAUAGAGAAAUAUAUACGCCUGUGUGUAUAUACGUAUGUACAAUAUUGAGUUAUUGUAAAUAAGUGGCUUACAAGCGUAUGUGUCUAAGCCGGUAAUUAUGGUCGCUAAUCCAGAUCCAAAUCCAUAUGAUCAUCAUUCGAAUGACGAUCAAUAUCAUCUCUAUGUUCAUUCUGUUGCUGCUGCUGCUGCUGCUGCUGCUGUUGUUGUUGUUGUUGUUGUUGUUGCUGUGCAUUAUUACUAACUCGGUUCAAU